UACUGUUAUCUGUCUGACCGUCGCGAGCUAACGUUUCUUGUUAGAGGGAUGUUAUGCGUCGAGUUGAGUUGGAGUGAGAGCAGUUAAUAAUCAGUAGUUGUUAAGAGUUGUUUUUGUUGUGAGAUCUGGAGCUGUUCUACUACUCUACUCUUUCUCUCUAGCUUUAUCUUGGGUCGCUCCGCAUUUCUUGUGUCCUUUCUUCUCCUCCACACAAUAACACGCAAUACCACACAAUAACACACAACAAAAAGUCUCACCACCGUCGGUCCCGCGCGUGACGACGCGCAACCCAUCGUCCAUCAUGAACGACGAAGAUGCCAUGGCCAACAUCUAUAAAAAGAUCGAGCGCGAAAAGGCUCUGAUCAAUGCUGCCAAUUCCAUGCGACAGCAGACUAACAACGAUGAUGUCAGAUCCCGCCUCGACAGUCAAAUGCGGGAGGGCCGUCGGAACCUCCAAUUCUUCGAAGAAAAGCUUCGCGACUUACAGAUGAAGCGUAUUGGACAGGGUGUCGAUAACAUGAGUAUUGGUUCCAGCUCUACUGCCACCGGUUCGGGACGUCCUCCUAGUGGUGAUGUGCGAAGCGAUGGUCAAGGGCCACCUAUGCCUCCCCCAAAGGAUGCCGGCGACUGGUCAGGCGGCGAUAGGACAUCCUAUGGCUCGUUGCCAUAUAGUCAGAUAGGUGGCCACGGAGAUUUAAUGCCGCCACGACAUCCAUUUCCCCCUCCAGGCCCGACCUCUUCCAUUCCAAAACCGAGACCGAACUUUACCAAGUUAGAUCUUAUAAAAUAUGACACACCGUACCUCGGUCCCCGAAUCCAACUCAUGCUCUCCCAGAUCCAGUUCAAGCUUAAUGUUGAGGAGCAAUAUCUCAAGGGAAUAGAAAAGAUGGUGCAGCUCUACGGCAUGGAGGGUGAUCGCAAGAGCAAAGCGGACGCCGCCGCUAGGAAGGUUGAGAGCAAACAGAAGAUUCAUCUCUUGAAACAGGCACUCAAGAGAUAUGAAGAGCUCCACAUAGACGAUUUGGAUUCGGCCGACUCUCCUGAUGAUGACAGUAUUAAUAUGCCGAACUUGCGCAAACCACUAACCGGACAGCUUUCGAUUCGCGUCGUUCAGGUAAGGGACGUCGAUCAUGCUAGUACUGGGCGGUUCUCGCGGGGUCCGGAAACCUUCGUGGCCGUGAAGGUUGAGGAUAACGUUGUCGCACGAACGAGGGUGUCACGGAACGAUCGAUGGGAAGCCGAAUACCACAACAUCGAGGUAGAUAAGGCGAACGAGAUCGAACUCACAGUAUACGAUAAGCCGGGCGAGCAUGCUUUGCCCAUAGCUAUGCUAUGGGUACGAAUAUCAGAUAUCGUGGAAGAGAUGCGACGAAAGAGGAUUGAGGCCGAGGUUAAUAAUUCUGGCUGGGUGUCCGCCGAUAGGAUGGGAGGACCGGGUGCACCUCCGCCUCAGUUCCCCAUGGAUCCCGCACAGUCGCAACUUGGUGGCGCCGGUCCUGCGUCCCCGACUUCCGCGGGCCCGGCUCAACAGCCAUUCGCUCCCCAAGCCGUGCCGCAAGUUACAUCGCAACCGAUCGACGCGUGGUUUAACUUGGAGCCUACCGGUGCCAUCCACCUCUCCCUUAACUUCAUAAAGCAGAACAAGGACCGCAGACCCGUGGAUCUGGGAUUGGGGCGAAAGGGCGCUAUCCGUCAGCGCAAGGAGGAAGUUCACGAGAUGUACGGACACAAGUUCGUGCAGCACCAAUUCUACAACAUCAUGCGUUGCGCUCUCUGCGGCGAUUUUCUCAAGUAUUCCGCGGGAAUGCAGUGCGAAGACUGCAAGUACACCUGCCAUACGAAAUGUUAUUCGAGCGUGGUCACGAAGUGUAUUAGUAAAAGCAACGCCGAAACCGAUCCGGACGAAGAGAAGAUCAACCAUCGCAUCCCUCACAGGUUUUCGCCGUUUUCAAACGUUACCGCAAACUGGUGCUGUCACUGUGGUUACAUUCUGCCCUUCGGCAAGAAGAACUGCAGAAAGUGUACUGAAUGUGGACUUACCGCACACGCGCAAUGCGUUCACCUUGUUCCGGACUUUUGCGGUAUGAGCAUGGCUGUUGCUAACCAAAUCUUGGAAGGCAUCAGGACACAAAAACAACGACAACAAAAGGCCACUUCUUUGAGUGAAAAGACUCUAAGACAAGGCAAGAUGAGUCCUACGAGUACAUCAUCUCCCAUGUCACCUUACGGCUCCCAGGGAGGACCUUCAUACCAGCCUAGUAUCGCUUCUCAAGAGGCGACCGAUGCUGCCAAGGCUAUGUAUGCUAGUCAGACAUCACCCUCGAGACCAAUCCAUCCAGACCGCACUUCAUCCGGUUCGAGCGCCGCCGCCGCCGCCGCUGCUACGGCCGCAAUGAGCGGCACUAUAGCCUCUCAAUCGAGUCGCCCGGGACAGAUUUCCGAUUAUUCUUCUGGCAGAGUAGGUUAUGGAGGUUUGGAUGCUCAAGAGGAUCCAUACGCUGCAAGCCAGGCAUACAAUAUGCCUACACAACCUAAGUACAACCCAGCAGCAUAUGCAAAUGUUGCCAACUAUCCUCCUAGUCAGCCCCAAAUACCGCAGCAGCAACCGCAGCAACGUCCGAUCCAAACCCAAUCACCCGGACCCCAGUUACAGCAGCAGAUGUAUCCUCCUAUUGCACCUGUGGCUAAGCCACAGCCGUUACAAGAGACUCCUUCGCUAACGACCGGCUCGACACUACCUCCCCCUUCGAGAAAACCCCUGCCUUCUGCGACGGAUCCCGGCACAGGCCAGCGUAUUGGUUUGGACCACUUCAAUUUCUUAGCAGUCCUUGGAAAGGGUAACUUUGGUAAAGUUAUGUUGGCCGAAACGAAGAAGUCCCGCCGUCUUUAUGCCAUAAAAGUGCUAAAGAAGGAGUUCAUCAUCGAAAACGACGAAGUGGAGAGUAUCCGAUCCGAGAAGAGGGUGUUCUUGAUCGCGAACAGGGAACGACAUCCAUUCUUGACUAAUCUACACGCGUGUUUCCAAACGGAGACGAGGGUGUACUUUGUCAUGGAGUACAUUAGCGGUGGCGAUCUGAUGUUGCACAUCCAGCGUGGUCAAUUUGGCACCAAACGUGCCCAGUUUUACGCUUCCGAAGUCUGUUUGGCUUUGAAGUACUUCCACGAGAACGGUGUUAUUUAUCGUGAUCUCAAACUUGACAACAUUCUACUCACCCUCGACGGUCACAUCAAGAUUGCAGAUUACGGUCUGUGCAAAGAAGACAUGUGGUACGGUUCGACCACUAGUACCUUCUGUGGUACACCAGAAUUCAUGGCCCCCGAGAUCUUAUUAGAUAAGAAAUAUGGGAGAGCAGUUGAUUGGUGGGCUUUUGGAGUUCUGAUCUACCAGAUGCUUUUACAGCAGUCUCCCUUCCGAGGUGAAGAUGAAGAUGAAAUCUACGACGCUAUUCUCGCGGAUGAGCCGCUUUAUCCAAUCCACAUGCCUAGGGAGUCGGUUUCGAUUCUGCAGAAGCUUCUUACAAGAGAUCCUGACCAACGUCUGGGAAGCGGGCCUACCGAUGCUCAGGAGGUCAUGAGUCAGCCAUUCUUUAGGAAUAUCGUAUGGGACGACAUUUACCACAAGAGGGUUGCGCCUCCAUUCAUGCCCACCAUCAAGAACGCAACGGAUACUAGCAACUUUGAUUCUGAAUUUACUAGCGUCACACCAGUGCUAACGCCGGUGCAAUCAGGUAAGGACGCCUUCAUCUGCGUACAAUAUGGACAUCUCGAAUAUGCUAACAUAAUUACAGUGCUGUCCCAAUCAAUGCAAGAAGAGUUCCGCGGAUUCUCGUACACGGCGGAUUUUGAUUAGUUGCCGAGAGCCGAAGUGUCUAAGAAUUCAUCUUCAUCGGAGAGUGACAACAAGAGAACCAAGAGAUGAAUGGAGAUUUUCAAUCGUUCUGUUGUUAAGCUAUAGGAACCGCGUACGGAGGCGAGGUGUUCUGCUAGUUUGAGGCGCAUUGAACAAAAAAAAAGAGAACUGUUGCAGGGCUCGAUGUCACCGAAAAUACUAACGGGUCUUCGGGCCACGGGACACAUUACACAGAGGCGUUUCGCGUGAAUUGUCAUUCGCUGGGCGAAUCUUUCCAAAAAGGCAAGCGGACAAAACCGUUGAGCACGUUUUACUAGAAUUCGUCGAGGAGCAGCAUAACCAGAUGCUAUCGCGCAGUUUACCCCGGCAUAUAAUAGCUUGCCCCCCUGUUAAUUAGACCAGUUGAUAAUGCAACCAUCACCCUUCUUUUCCACGUUAGACGUACCAUAUACCAUGUACCGUACGACAAGUCACAUAAGUGAGUCGGUAUAAG